GGGAGGCGUCGCCCGCCGGUGUCGGAGCGGCUUCCUGGGCGCAGUGGGCGCGGGCUGCGCGGGCGCGGAAAAGCGCGAAGCGUCGGGACAGCUCACCUGGGGUGGCCCGGGCGUGCGGGCGGCUACAUGGAGGACGGCGUGCUCAAGGAGGGUUUCCUGGUGAAGAGGGGCCACAUUGUCCACAACUGGAAGGUGCGAUGGUUCAUCCUUCGGCAGAACACGCUGCUGUACUACAAGCUUGAGGGGGGUCGGAGAGUGGCCCCUCCCAAGGGCCGGAUCCUCCUGGAUGGCUGCACCAUCACCUGCCCCUGCCUGGAUUAUGAAAACCGUCCGCUCCUCAUUAAGCUGAAGACCAGGACUUCCACAGAGUACUUCCUGGAGGCCUGUUCUCGAGAGGAGAGGGACGCAUGGGCCUUCGAGAUAACAGGGGCCAUCCAUGCAGGGCAGCCCGGGAAGGUCCAGCAGCUCCACAUAUUAAAAAACUCCUUCAAGCUGCCCCCUCACAUCAGCCUGCACCGCAUCGUGGACAAGAUGCACGAUAGCAGCAGCGGGAUUCGGCCAAGCCCCAACAUGGAGCAGGGAAGCACCUACAAAAAGACCUUCCUGGGCUCCUCCCUGGUGGACUGGCUCAUCUCCAGCAGCUUCGCGGCCAGCCGUCUGGAGGCGGUGACGCUGGCCUCUGUGCUCAUGGAGGAGAACUUCCUCAGGCCUGUGGGUGUCCGGAGCAUGGGAGCCAUUCGCUCCGGUGACCUGUCUGAGCAGUUCCUGGACGACUCCACAGCCCUGUACACUUUUGCUGAGAGCUACAGGAAGAAGCCAAGCCCCAAGGAAGAAAUCAGUCUGAGCACCGUGGAGUUAAGCGGCUUGGUGGUCAAGCAAGGCUUUCUGUCCAAGCAGGGUCACAAGAGGAAAAACUGGAAGGUGCGACGCUUUGUUCUGAGGAGGGACCCCGCUUUCCUGCAUUACUACGACCCAGCCAAAGAAGAGAACAGGCCAGUGGGUGGGUUUUCUCUUCGUGGUUCACUGGUGUCUGCUCUGGAGGACAACGGCGUUCCCACUGGGGUUAAAGGGAAUGUCCAAGGAAAUCUCUUCAAAGUGAUCACUAAGGAUGACAUACGUUAUUAUAUCCAGGCCAGCAGCAAGGCUGAACGAGCAGAGUGGAUUGAAGCUAUCAAAAAACUGACAUGACAAGACACUUCGGGAGCAGGACCAGGAUUCCUUCCUCCUACCAGAUGGUAGACAGGAUUUCCUGAGAAUGGAGUGUGUAAAGACUUU